AUUGGUUGACUGACAGGGCCGGGAGUCCCGAUUGGUCCAUGGCCUGAGGCGACAGAUUCCGGAAAGGGGUAGAGCAGCCAAUAUGGCGGCGGAGCGCGGCGCUGGGCAGCAACAGUCGCAGGAGAUGAUGGAGGUUGACAGGCGGGUUGAAUCUGAAGAAUCAGGUGAUGAGGAAGGGAAGAAGCACGGCGGUGGCAUCGUGACGGACCUCAGCCAGCAGAGCCUGAAGGAUGGAGUAGAACAGGGGGCGGAAGACCCAGAAGAGGAACAUGAGCUGACAGUGGAUAUGGAAACCAUCAGCCUGGACCGAGAUGCAGAGGAUGUUGAUCUGAAUCACUAUCGUAUUGGAAAGAUUGAAGGCUUCGAGGUGCUGAAGAAAGUGAAGUCACUCUGCCUACGUCAAAACUUAAUUAAAUGCAUUGAGAACCUGGAGGAACUGCAGAGUCUUCGAGAACUGGAUCUCUAUGAUAAUCAGAUCAAGAAGAUUGAGAAUCUGGAGGCGCUGACAGAACUGGAGACUCUAGAUAUUUCUUUUAAUCUGCUAAGGAACAUUGAAGGGAUUGACAAACUGACACAGCUGAAAAAACUCUUCUUGGUCAACAAUAAGAUCAGUAAAAUUGAGAACCUAAGUACCUUACAUCAACUACAGAUGCUGGAGCUGGGCUCGAACCGCAUCCGAGCAAUUGAAAAUAUCGACACGUUAACCAACCUGGAGAGUUUGUUUCUGGGGAAAAACAAAAUUACAAAACUUCAGAACCUGGAUGCACUUACCAACCUGACAGUCCUCAGUAUGCAGAGCAAUCGGCUAACAAAGAUUGAGGGUCUACAGAGCUUGGUGAACCUGCGUGAACUAUACCUCAGCCACAAUGGUAUCGAGGUUAUCGAGGGCCUGGAGAACAACAACAAACUCACCAUGUUGGACAUUGCAUCAAAUAGGAUAAAAAAGAUUGAAAAUAUCAGCCAUCUAACAGAACUGCAAGAAUUCUGGAUGAAUGACAAUCUCCUGGAAAGCUGGAGUGACCUUGAUGAGCUGAAGGGUGCCAGGAACCUGGAAACCGUGUACCUGGAGCGCAACCCCCUGCAGAAGGACCCACAGUACCGGCGGAAGGUCAUGCUGGCCCUACCCUCCGUGCGGCAGAUAGAUGCCACAUUCGUCAGGUUCUGAGUCCUCCUUGCUCCUCACCUGGUCCCUCUCCUCGAAAGAACUUCCCAGCCACGGUUUUUUAAUCUACCUAUUGCUCCUGAAGUCGUCACUAUACCAACAGUCACAACCCAAUGGCAAUAAUAAGGCACUGGUGGUAGUUGGCCUAUGAUGCCACACACCAUUUGGAGAUGCCAACACUAUUAAAUCUUGCCACGCGGUCUUCCUGGUGAAUUAGUGACGGUUAUUAUAGCCAUGGAGAGAAUGCAGGACAUGUUACAGUCAUUUGUUCUUCUUGUCUGUCUAUGUCCUUUGCCUGGUGGGCAUUUCGGGCUGCUACAGCAGGCCCUCAAGUCAGUUUGCAGGGUUUAAGCAGUCAUGACCCACAACAGCACAUUUGAUAGUCUUUCAGACCAAUUUUGGAAAGAAAAAAAAAAUGUAUUUAAAAAAAAUUGAGUAAAAUCUGGUCGGAUCUCAGAUGCUGUAGCCCUUUAAGCCUUCCCAUCAUGAGCACACUGGGCACUGUAUGACCCUGUUCCCACUUGGUGAGAGCCGAGAUAUGGAGAGCGUCAUCACACACCCCCAGCUGUGCUGAAACUAAGUGGUUCUUAAAAACAUAAGUAACUAAGCUCUCGGCCACUAGUCACAUGGCCUCCUAUUCUUACCCAUGAUCCUCUUGGCCUUAUUAUAUGACAUUUCUCUGAGCAAACCACUAGGGCAUGAAUCUAAUGCUGCACAGGCAUUAUCAUCCCUGGGAGCCUCAAAUCUCCUGUUUCACACAGUAAGGACUGAAUAUGGUCACCGCAGGCUCCUCAACUUCCAGGAUUCUCAUUCUACACAGUCUAAGAUGGGUCCCCUAACUGCCAUAUCUGAGUCCGUUGAAUUUAUUUUAUCAUCAUUUGUGCUCACACUGCGUCUCUUCGUUUCCGUCAUUACAGAAGGUUCUAGGCAGCACUGCUCUAGACUUUGUUCAGUUUCGGGACAGCCUGCCUUGUGCUGUGAAGCCUGUGCCCAAGUGUCCAAGCUAACCAGUUGGCCAGCUGACAAGAAGUUUGUAACAUCAGAAUGCUUACAUGGGAUUUAACAUCCAUUCACUAUUCUAAUUCUCACCAAAAUAAACUGUAUGAUCUGAAUCUGUGCGGCAUCUCCCUGUCAUGAAACAAGCUCUUAGCAAGAAAAGGUGGGUGGAGCAGCAUGUCGAGAACAUUGUGCCAUAGCCCUGGGAGUUCAGAAGGACCGAAAUGUAGGUGUCUCCUCUGCAGCCACAGGAGCCCUACACACGUGCACAUGAUUCUGUAGCGUGUGUAGAGAAGUAAUACUGAGGGAACAGCAGGCACCAAAGUGGCACAACCAUCUCGAGGAUCAUCUGCAACAUUCAGUGGGAGGAGAAUCUUAACAGUUAAAUAGAGUGGGCAGGGGAAAUUUUCUCCAAGUGAAUUCAAAAUCUAGAAGUAGGAAGAAAUGUCAAAAAGUUAUUCCUUAAGCCAGCAGUGGUGACACGUGCCUUUAAUACCAGUUCUCUGCAGGCAGAGGCAGGUGGAUCUCUGAGUUUAAGGCCAGCCUGGUCUGCAGAGCAAGUUCCAGGACAGCCAGGGCUGUACAUAGAGAAACCCUGUCUCAAAAAAAAAAAAAAAAAAAAAAAAAAAAGUUAUUCCUUAAAAUAGUUCUAGGUCCCAGAAAGAAUCUCCAGAGUGGAACUAGCUAAAAGUUCAGUUUACGUUGAGAAUGCCCCUGCUAAAAAUAUGGAUAAAUAUAAUGUGAGAAAAGAAAACACUGGGGGGUUGGAGAGAUGGCUCAGCUGUUAAGAGCAUUGCCUGCUCUUCCAAAGGUCCUGAGUUCAAUUCCCAGCAACCACAUGGUGGCUCACAACCAUCUGUAAUGAGGUCUGGUGCCCUCUUUCUGGCCUUCAGGCACACACACAGAAAAAAUAUUGCAUACAUAAUUAAUAAAUAAAUAAAUACACUGCUUUUACAUAGGGAUAUAAAUGCAAAAGUCUUAAAUAAAAGAUCAGCAAGUCAAAAGAUACUGCUUCUUAGCCGGGCGGUGGUGGCGCACGCCUUUAAUCCCAGCACUCGGGAGGCAGAGGCAGGCGGAUCUCUGUGAGUUCGAGACCAGCCUGGUCUACAAGAACUAGUUCCAGGACAGGCUCCAAAACCACAGAGAAACCCUGUCUCGAAAAACCAAAAAAAAAAAGAUACUGCUUCUUGACCAAGGUUUUAUCUCAGGAAUGCAAGGAUGGUUUAAGAAUAGACAGGACUGGGCCUGGGGUAUAGGCCUGUAAUCCUAGCUACUCAGGAGGCUGAGGGAGGGGGAUUAAAAGUUUAAGGCAUGCCUUGGCUACAGAAUGACAUCAAGGCCAACCUAGGCAACUUAAUAUAACCGUAUCUCAAAAAUAAAAAAUAACAAGGGGUCUGGGAAUAUAGCUCAAGAAUAGAAUACCUGCCUAGCAUAUCAGAGACCCUGUUCAAUUUCAGAUGUUAGGGGAAGAGAAAGGAAACAAACCAUUUCUAUAAAUCACCAUUUAGUGCAGUUAAAAAGCAAACCACCAAUUAUCUUAAUGUUAUAAAGACUUAGCUGUAUAUAUCCCUGGAUUUUUUUUCAAGGAAAAACUAAUUAUUGUUGUUGUUGUUAUAUGCAUGAUGUCAGUGUGUGUUGUGGGCACAUAUGUGCCAUGUGCACCGUGUGCACUUCCAAGAACAGAUCUGUAGAGUCGGUUCUCUCCUCCCCCUUUUUGUGAGCUCUGCACUUGAACUUUGCUUGUCAGGGUUGUGCAGCAAGCCAUUACCUGUUGAACCAUCUCACUGGCUCCUGUAUU